ACCAAUUUGCAAACCAACCAUUUUUGUGCUGCUGUGAAGAGAUCCACUGACUGUGCUCAGCUGGUGCUUAGCCACAGUGGCUUGUGGUAGCCCUAAGUGUCCUGUGAGCCUCAGCACUGACCGGAUCAGCUGGUGGCAGGAACUGAUUUUGCAACAAUGAGGUGCCUCACGCACACACUGCUUAGGAGGUUGUCGUGUCUCUCACCUCAGUGCGUGCCAGGGAGAUGGAGUCAAAUCCUCAGUCCGAAGCAGUCGUCUCUGAGGCAGAGCUGCAGCACAAGGCCUGGAGUCGUGACUGCCACUGAUGUGGUCAACUACUGGCAGAAGGUGUUUGAGACAAAUGGGAUCCCUGAAGCACAAGAAUCCAGUGAAUAUAUUGUGUCAUUUGUUCUAGGAGCAAAAACAUUUCAGAGCUUGAGUUCCAAAAGCCUCCGCACUCCGCUUACAGCAGCACAGCAGGAGCAAAUCCAGCAGCUGAGCAACAAGCGACUAGAAAGAAUGCCGGUGCAGUAUGUACUUGGUGAGUGGGACUUUCGGGACCUGACUCUGAAGAUGAGACCCCCAGUAUUUAUUCCUCGGCCUGAAACAGAGGAUCUCGUCUCUCUAGUUGUGGAGGAAGAAUCCCUGAUGUACAAGAAGAAUUCAGGCCCCUGCUUCCCAGUUUCUGCCCCUCAUCCUGUGAUCCUGGAGAUCGGCUGUGGCUCUGGAGCAAUUGCUCUGAGUCUGUUGCGCAAACUGCCACAGAGCCAGGUGAUAGCCAUGGAUAAAGAGGAGGCUGCUGUGGAUCUCACCAGGGAGAACGCACAUAGGCUGCGACUCCAGGAGAGGAUCCAUGUCCUCCACCAAGAUGUUUCAUACGGUUCUGCCAAGCAGCUGCUACUCUGGGGCCCUGUAGACUUCAUAGUCAGUAACCCCCCAUAUGUUUUCCAUGAAGACAUGGCUUCCUUGGAUGCAGAAAUCCUCCGCUAUGAGGACCUUGAUGCACUGGAUGGGGGAGAUGAUGGAAUGAGAGUCAUCAAAACAAUUUUGGCUUUGGCUCCUUCUGUUCUGAAGGAUUCUGGGAGUGUAUUUCUGGAAGUUGAUCCCAGACACCCAGAUAUGGUGAAGGACUGGCUACAGGCACACCCCAAUUUACUACUUGUCCUCUGUGCCGUUCACAAGGACUUCUGUGGCAAGCCUAGGUUUCUGCACAUCCAAAAACAAAGCAGGUGACAACUGUACCAGAAAUAACUUCCUGCAGCAUGCUUUUUGCUGAAGAGAUUGUUGGAAACUCUGCGUGGCAAACCAAAACUCCACUUCAUGCAACACUGGACAGUUUCAAGAUUCAGCUGGAGAGGGGGCUGGGACAUCAAGUCUAGGCCAUGCUUUACCAAGCAAGGUUGGAGCAAAUGAUCCUUGAGGUCCCUUUCAACUUGCUGUUCUCUGAUAAUGCAUUGACUCCUCCAUGCAGUGUCAGACCUGAUACAAAAUUCAUCCAGAGAUGCCAGAAGUUCAACAGAGCAUGUAGAAGUGUUUCACCUUCCUCGGGGUGCUACGUGAAACUUUUUAGUUUGCUCUCUAAAGUGACUCAUUAAUCUCACUACCCAGUGGAAGAGUUCAGAGCUCCAGAUAAAAACACAACUUCUCAAUAUGUCAGAUCACCCAUUUCACCUGAAAAGAACUUCACUUUUUUAUUGUGUUUUUUUUUUUGCCUGGAAAUAAGUUUAUGUAGAAGGUGACCAGAUUGGAUGAUAGGUCCAAACUCUGCCUUGUAUUGGUCUGUGGAUUUGCAGUUAUACCAGGACCCGAGUAACCUCUACAUUUCAAACUCGAUUCUAUUCCAGGAUCCUUAUGCUCCGGAGCAGAUCUGCAACAGCAAAGCAGCUUUUGUUUCUCAGUCCUGCUGAGUGACAUGCCAUUGAAGGAUCAGUGCACGGGUUACACCACGUGAAACCACAGCACCUGACACUUGAUAGAUGCUGCCAGAAACCGUCUAAACACUGUAAUAAAGAUAGUGCUUCA